AUGGCAAGUACCACAAUCCAUGGAGUUGGGCGUAUAUUUGGGAAACAGACUGACCCUCACCCUCGAAAACGGGAACGGCACCUUCCAUGUGUGAGCUUCAUCUCGGUGGCAACAAUUGGUUAUGGGGACUUGGUUCCCGUGCCUGAUACAUGGGGACAUACCGUGGCGAUCAUCGCGUUCCUUUCUGCAGGUGAUACUCUCUUUUCUUGUGUACUUCUCAUGAAUCAUUUCCUCUUAAAAAUCUAUCCAACUCUUGGAGUAGUCAUUCUAUCGACUUUGUUUGACAGAUUCGGAUGCUAUCUACAGUAUGUACACUACAUUGGCCGGCGAUUUCGUGGCAGAAAGGACGUUGAGAUUUGGUUUGGAGGCAGUGUGCUGACCGUUCAAGAGCUAAUCACUUUG